CCUUGUCAGUCAGGUCGUAAACGUCAGGACGGAGCUCUGCGCGCGAGAACAAUUUACGACUUGUGACGAAGAACAGUCCAUUUCCGCCCACAGCCGGCGUUAGCUGGAUCCCCCAAUCACCCCACAUCAGCACAUUUCCGGCGCCGAAGUGCCACUGGUCUGUGGUUCAUUCCUUCACAGUGUACCGUGAGUCUACCGUGGGUCUACUCCUAACAACUUCGCCAUUUCAUAGACCAAGUUGGUGUAACUAGUACUGCAAAUGCUGCCAAGAUGUCGAAUUGCAGCGAAGAAACUCCACAAGCGGCAGAAUAUUUGCAACAUUUAGGAAAGGCAGAAGAAGCCAUUGUCGUUUCUCUGACGUUUGUGACGUUCUUCACACUGUUCCUGUUUAUGGAGGAGCUGUGUUUCGCCACCAGACACAUCCCGGGGAGGAACACACGGCACAGAAUCGUCUGGAUCCUCGGAACAUACCCGGUAUUCUCAGCGACAUCGCUGAUGAGUCUCUACAUCCCGAGGUCCAACCUGAUUGGCGGCUUUGCAGCGAACAUCUACUUCGCGGUCGCAGUAUACCAGUUCUUCAUGCUGAUGGUGGACUACUUCGGUGGUGAUGAAGAACUGGUCACAACGUUGUCUGGAAUGAAGGUAUCCCUCCGACGCCCGCCAUGUUGCUGCUGUUGUUGCUGCCUCCCGCAAGUGGACAUGACUCUAGGCACCCUGGGCUGGAUGAAGCUGGCAGUGAUGCAGAUGGCCAUCAUGCGGCCCAUCCUGUACUUCAUCGCGCUGGUCACGUGGAGCGACGGGAAGUAUGGCCUAGGACAGACGGAAUCCGGACCAAGCGUGAACAACUUUGUGGAGGGGUUGGAAACGAUAUCUACCCUGUUUGGAAUCUACGGGUUCGUGGUGCUCCAGCCGUGCGUUACCAAACCUCUCAAAGGGAAGAGCAUCUCACUGAAGAACCUGCUUGUCCAGGUUGCAGCAGCUCUGGCGGGAAUACAGAAAAUGGUGCUGAGUCUGUUAGCCUCGUUCCGCGUCAUCCCAUGUGGACCCCAGUUCUCUUCCAAGACGCGAGCUGAUUAUAUUCAUAACUGCAUGAUCAUCAUUGAGAUGAUGGUCGCGGCUCUGGUGGCCCGGUGGGUGUUCACCAGGAAUGAUCACGAUGUCCUGCUACAGAUACCCACGGACUCAGACGUGGAGGACCCAACACAACCAGAGGACAAAGAACACGAAAAAGUUCAGUCAAAGGAAGAGGGAAGGUCUAAUUGUCUGUCCUGUGGCGGGAACAAACACUCCAAGUCGUCCGGUGAUAUCAAGUGUAAGGCUGAGGCGAACGGAGGGCCCGGCGGUGUCGCACACUGGAAGAAGCGACAUCGUCCUGCACCGGCCAGGAGCGAGGGCGACCUCUGCUAUGUCAAACUUCGUAACGAUACAGGUCUUAUACAGCACAAGGCAGACAAACCGUCACGUCAGGACGGUGACGUAACAACUCAGAAUUGCGAUCGUUCAGGUGGGGAGAAUCCGGAGACAGGACAUGAUAGUACUGAGGAGUCACCUGCACAUAGCUCUGAGGACGUAAGAGUAUCUCAGCCCACCCGUGACCUUCCUGUUGACCAGGGUACUGAGGAGGAAGGGGUGUGGCUCAUGACAAACUGUGAAAGAGGACAAGAGAGAAGAAACAGUUCCACAGUAUAACACUUAUUAGUUCCUGCGUUCCUUUUAACGCCCUGAAAAUUCUUCCCAAUUUUGCAGGCUACGUACUUGAAAUGCUAACGAUAACUAGCAAAUAAACUUCAACGAAAAAAUCUAAUAAUCUGUUUUUUAAUUUAAUAAUUUGUGAGCCUCACUGAGUGAGUCAGGAGCUUGUUCAGGAUCAUCCUGAAGUGUUUGUGUUACAGGAGUUUACGUACCGAAGCUUUGCGGCUGUUGUGGGUUAUUGUCAGGGCUUGCUUGUGGGUAUUGUUGCGUAUUAACAUGAAGUACAUACUUGGAAUCAAAGCGUCGUCGUGUUUAUUUUCAUGAUACUACUUGACUAAGAGUUAACAACAAAAAUCUAUCCUUCCACCAUGUCUGAUAUAUAAGCAUUUCAAUAUCCUUGGGGUUAAUAAGGAGCGUAAAAUACAAGACGCUCACAAAGAGACAUCCACUACCAUUAAAUAUAUGCAGUUCAGUGUAUACUCAAUCCUAUCAAAACAUAUAAAUAAAGUUUUCCUGAUAAUAGAUACAGUCGAAUCAUAUACGAUCGCAUUAAGAUGCAAAACUGAUGGAAAUGAAAACUCUUGAUUCAUCAUUAAACAAUGAAUGGUUUUCUUGUUUUA